UAAUGGUUGGCAUUAUUGAGUGAACUUGACGUCAGCCAAUGGAACACUUCAUUUGGACGAUCUGAAUCGUUUUCAUUUACCUUUUACCUUCUGCACUACAGCUGCGUUGCGAAUUGUUGCCUAUGUAAAAUGGCGUCCAGUCAAAAAGUUUGUUCUUAGGGGUCGGAUGAAGUGGCUGUUAAUCAAUUUUAUGAUAUUUCUUGAAACGGCUUAUUGUAGAAGCCAAAGACAUAUUUUAGGAACUUGCAUUGAUGGUAAUGCAUGCAAGGAAAACUCAGCGGAUGAACGAUGGGUACUUCGAGAAGCAUCAAGCCCAUCCUUAUCAGUGGUUGACUUCCAAGUGACUUCCAUAAAACCAUACAACUCAUUUUUUAACAUGCAGAGCUCGAAGUACAGUUCAUCAAAGAGUUAUGGAUCAAGCAGUGAUAGAUAUGAAAGACUUAGGGAUUCACCAAAUGGGAAUUAUCGUUCAGAUAGCCCUGAUACAAAAUCACCAAGAGACAGGGAUAGGUCCUAUCAGUCAAAAAGCUCCUAUCUACAGAAAAUUCGUGAAAAGGAGAGAGAAAAUAGAGACUACAAGUCAUCUAGAGAUAAAUAUUCAGAAUGCACAAGGUCUCCCAAAGAGAAAAGGAGCCGAGAUUCUGACCAUAGAAGUACCAAUGAUAGAGGUGAUGAAAAAGGUAUCUUGCAUCCACUGAAAGUUUCACAAAACUCAUCGAGAGAUAGAAAACCAAUGCAUAAUAAUUGUAAUGAUAAGAGAGAUGACCGUGACAGAGUGGCUAGAGUUGGAGAUUGGACUGAACAUGUAAGUUCAUCAGGCAAGAAGUAUUAUUACAAUUGUAAAACUGAAGUAUCGCAGUGGGAAAAACCAAGAGAAUGGAUUGAAAAAGAGAGAGAUCGUUUCAGAUCAAGAGAAAGAGACCGAGAUAGAGAGUCUGACAGGUGUUGCAGUAGCUCCAGUCGUUCAAGUACAAGGCACGAAAAACAUUCCAAUUCAAGAGCCACAAAUAGCAGUAAUAGUGGUAAUAAGGAAAGUUCUAGGGAAAGUGCUACAAGCAGUCGUCACUGGAGUAAUAGCAAUAGUAGAGAUGACAAUGAAGUAUCUGCCAAAGAAUCAUCACGAACAACAACUAGAAAACACUCCGAGGAGAACAGUCAUUCCACCCAGGACAUGGAUAUUUCCCCAGGAGACAGCACACCUACAUCCGAAGUAUCUUACAGUAACAAUUCUCAAGGGGUUCAAGAACAAUCGGCUCCAGUAGGGCCAGUUUUAUUAGCUACAGCUCUGCCUAGGCUAAUUUCGCAUCCGAUUUAUAUGCCUCCCACUCCAGCAAGAGGAGAAACCUCUCCUCAAACCACCCCAUCUAUGGUACCUGUGCCUACUACAAUUACAGUUUCAAAUACCCCGGGACCACCAGUGGUAGGGGGAUUGCCUAUUUUACCAAGAAUUCCAUCGCAAACUCCUUGCUUAGACAAUCAGAAUAUCGAAAAGAAUGUUCUUAGUUCUGUUUCCAAUUUACAAAGACCUCCUGUUUCAACCAUAGACAACAGUGCAGUGCUGACCUCUUUAAGUGUAGAUACUAGUAAUCACUCAGGAACUGUGGUUGAAGGACCCCCCACCCCAACACAUUCAGAAAAUGCAGAUUGUAUAAAGGCUGUCUCAGCACCUGUAAGUAGUCCACCUGGUACAAAUGUUUCAACCCUGACAGGAGUUCAUUCAAGUUCAUUACAAGCUUUAAGACCACAGGGACCUAGCAUAACUCCGUCAUUAGUAAAUUAUUAUAGAGAUGACCUGGUUAACCAUGUUCGAGGAUGGCCAGCUGAUAUAUUAGAGAAGCAGGCACAAAAAUUGGCUGAAGAAGCUCAUAUAAUGGGAAGCAUUCAAUGCUGUAAAGUAUCAGCAGAACUGAAGUCUGCUAGAUCAUUGGUACGCCUAACUGAAAUACAAGCAACCUUACAAGAGCAGAGGGUAUUGUUUCUUCGUCAACAAAUCAAAGAACUUGAAGAGCUGAAAUCACAAAAUUCUUUUAUGUCGGAGGAUUCUUAGUGGUAGGAUAUCAGGAGAAUGAUAGUAAUGAUUAAUCAUAUUCAUACAAAGAAAUUUGAUAUGUUCGAUAAAAUUCAAACAUCAUCUGUAAUUUAUAAUUUUCAGAAGUUCAUCAAAUUUCAGCUAGAAAGGCAAGGAUUAAGCAUUUUGUUGUUUUGUUAUACUUAAAGACUUAUAGGUAAAGUUUAUGUGUAUUAUACAAAAAUGGUUUUAUGUUUUAGGUUAGACAGAUUUGAUGUAAUAUAAAUAUAGUAAAUUAUGUGUAUAUUUUCAUUUGGUCCCUAAUUUCAACAAAAUUGAAAAUUAAUUUUCUUGUAUAAAUGUAUUGUAUUGUUUUCAGUUCAAUUUUCAUAAAAAUGUGAUUUCUAUUCAAUGUUAUAUUGUUGAUAUUUCAUGAUUUAAUAACUUAUUCUUCAAUAUAGGUAUAAGUUUACCACUUUAAAAUAAUUUCAUUCACCAAAUGGAAGCAUACACUAAAGCAAAUGCAUUGCAUUGGCCUUUGAAGGUAAAUUUUAUUUUUUCAAUGUGUUGAAAAUCUACAUCUUGUGAUAUGACACCGUUGAUUUUUCUGUUCAAUGUAUGAUAUACUAAGUUGCGAUCUGCCAUUCACGAAUUCUCUCCCUUCCGUAAUUGAAUAAGAAAAAUCUGAAAUAAACGUUGUUUUUAAUGGCAUUAUCUAUAUAAAUAUAUAUAUAUAAUGAUUUAUUUAUAGUUUUGUAAAUUAUUUUCAAUUCGAUUAAAGGAAAAUAGAAUUACAGUCCUAUUUGCAAGUAAUGGUGAUUUUUUCAUAGAAGCUGCCUCUUUCUCAACAUCAGCAACUUUUUGGCUGAUACUUGUAUAGUAUAUCAAUGUAUUUGAGUGUAUGUAUGUUGAAUAUAAUCUUAUGAAUUCAAAUGUUCCAUAACAGUGACAUUAAACUUUUUAAUCUAUA